AUGAGCGACACGGACACGGUCGUGAGCGACUCGCACCUCAAGCCCAUCGGUGUCCUCAAGGUCGAGGCGGCUGAGGCGUUCUGGAGCCCAAAGACAAAGUGGAUCCUCUUCAUCUCCCUCCUCCUCGCUGCCUACGUCUACUCGCUCGACGGCAUGACGACCUACCUGUACAACGCCGCUGCCUGGUCCGAAUUCGGCCUCCACUCGAGCCUGGGAACAGUCCAGACUGCAAACUCAAUCAUCAUCGCCGUCGGCAAACCGUUCUGGGCCAAGCUUUCGGACGCUUACGGUCGUGGCGAGUCCUUCCUCGCCCUCGCUCUCCUCUACGGUGUCGGCUACGCCAUCAUCGCUGGUGCCCAGGGCUCCGGCGCCAUGUACGCCGGCUCGGUCAUCUACACCCUCGGCUACACGGGUCUCCAGAUCCUGCUCCAGAUUAUCGUCGCCGACUUGACCACCCUGCGCUGGCGUGCCCUCGUUAACGGCAUCCUCACCAUGUGGUUCAUCAUGAACGCCUUUGUUGCUGCCGAGAUCUCGGCCCGCGUCACCAAUUGGCGCUGGGGCUACGGCAUGUUCGCCAUUCUGAUGCCUGCCACUCUCCUCCCCGUCAUCAUCUCGCUUCUCUGGGCCCAGUGGAAGGGCAAGAAGAUCCUUAAGGAGCGUGGCGUCCGCGCCCUCAAGGAGCCUCGUAUGGCGCGCCUCAAGCGCGCUCUCAUCGAGAUGGACUUCAUCGGUCUCAUCUUGCUCGCCACUUCGCUCGCUCUCAUUCUUCUCACCUUUGCCCUCGUGUACAAGGCCAAGGGCGCAUGGAAGAACGCCAGCAUGAUCGCCAUGCUCGUCGUCGGCUGUCUGCUCUUCCCCGUCUUCCUGGCCUACGAGUGGAAGAUCCCCGCCCGCCCCGUCUUCCCCAUGCGCUGGUUCCGCCGCCUCCCCAUCUUCGGCGCCUGCCUCAUCGGUUUCCUUGACUUCGUUUCCUUCUAUCUCCAGUUCACUUUCCUCUACUCCUUCGCCACCGUCACUGUCACCUGGGACAACCCCCGGCACCUCACCUACUUCACCUACACUCAGAUGCUCUGUCUUACAUUCUUUGGCAUUUGCGCCGGUGCCUUCAUGGCUUGGACCCGUCGCUUCAAGUGGAUGAUCGUCGUUGGCCUCUGCAUCCGCCUCAUCGGCUGUGGCCUCAUGCUCUACGCCCGCGGCCCCAACGGCAACAUGGCCUCGCUCGUCAUGUGCCAGGUCCUCCAGGGCAUUGGCGGUGGUAUCGCGCACACGGCCAUGAUGGUCGCUGCCCAGGCCUCCGUCUCGCACAUCGACGUCGCCACCGUCACUGCCGUCGUCCUCCUCCUCACUGAGAUCGGCAACUCGGUCGGCUCGGCCGCCGCCACCGGCCUCUGGCAGCAGUACAUGCCCGGCGAGCUCGCGACCUACGUCCCGACCAACAACCAGACCCUCCUCGUCGAGCUCUUCGGCGACAUGACCAAGAUCGCGCUCCUCCCCACAGGCGACCCGAUCAAGGAGGGCGCCAUCACCGCUUACGAGCACAUGAUGCACCGCCUUGUUCUCGGCGCCACCGUCGUCGCCAUCUUCCCCAUCAUCGUCGCCAUCUUCAUGAUCAAGGACAUCCGUCUUACGGAUGCCCAGAACGCGCACGACGGCAAGGACCUCAAGGGUAAGCCCAUCGAGGAGGCCGACGAGCUUUACCAGAUCGAGAAGGAGGAGAUUGCCCAGCGCACUCGCCGCCUCAGCACCGCCGCUGCCUAA